UGCAGCUGCUCCACCUGUCACAGUCUCAACAUCCAAACAUGGUGGCCUGUAGUACACACUUCAUUUCACUGAGAAUAACUUCACUGUUACUCCUCCCUGUGAUUUAUGAAGCCCACGCUGUUUCAAAACAGAUUCAAGCAACAGUUCCUGACCCUGUCAACAGCGAUGUGACGACUUGUCAUGAUGGCUUCAUGUCUGUUUAUAUAUCAAAGAAACAAUUUGCUGAUCUUCCUUUCACCAUUUAUGUUCAAGAUGAGCAUGGUGGAUAUCACCAGGCGGUUGCUGUAGCCAAACAGUGCCGUUACAUUCUGGGAGAAACUGAAACCUUUGUGAUCUUAACGGUCCCUCCUCAUGGAUGUUAUGUGAGAAGACAAGUCAGCUUACAGAAAUAUCUCCCCAAUUUGACCGUUGUCAUACUGGCGUACACAGACCACGGUGGACUUGAAGUUGUCAAGACGAUUCCCGUCAGCUGUGAGAGGAAAACUAAAGAAAUGAACAAAUAUGAGUUUUCACUGAUGUCAGGACAUCUUUUCUGCAACACGGAUGGGUUCAAAGUUACCAUCCCUAAGAACGCCACAGUCCCUCCUCUGAACCUGGAUACAGUUUGGAUCCCUUCUAGCCAAAGUGAAAAAUGUAAACCCCAAAAUAGAUCCACUGAGGCGGUCACCUUUACCUUUCCAUUCACUGACUGUGGUACCCAGUCUAGGACUGAAGAUGGGAUUAUAACCUACUGGGUCAAUUUUGAGGUGAAACGGCAUCCACAGGAAGGCUCUGUAUUUUGUAACACUCCAUUCAAUCUUACUGUAGGCUGCAGCUUUCUGCUGGCCCAAACUUCCCAUCUGGGCUUCAACAUUGAGGGAGAAAAACCAGAGGAGCUCUUAGCACUGAGGAGUGAAGGGAUACUGAGAGCUGAAAUGAGGUUUGCCAAAGAUUCCAGUUACAGGUCCUUUUAUUCCUCUCGGUACCCUCCAGCGACUGAGCUCAGCCUGCCUGUGUUUGUCGAGGUUUUUGUUCUCAAACAUGAGAACAAGGAUUUGGUGCUGCUGCUGCAUGACUGCUGGGCGACUCCGACUAAAAAUGCUCUCGACCCACAAAGAUGGAACCUUCUUGAUAAAGGGUGUCCUUUCAGUGGCGAUACCCACAGGACUGUGGUGUUGCCGGUUGUUUCCAGUAAAGAGCUGAACUAUCCCUCUCUACAUAAACGGUUUGUCGUCAAGAUGUUCUCAUUUGUGAAGCCUCAAACAUUUAGAAGCUCGGACGCUCCCUUAGAGAUUUAUUUCCACUGUGACAUAGAGAUCUGUAAAGGACCAGAUUGCUCUCAGUCCUGCAGCAAUGAAAGACGUAAAUCUAGAUGGACUUCACCAUUGUCUGGACGGAGGAUUCUUCAUGGUGUUGUCUCUGGUGGACCCCUUCUUUAUCCACUGUAAAGAGCUGUGGACAGCAUGGUGGACAGCAACUCUUAAUUUGUGACAAAAAAAUAAAUUUUUACUCAUAUCAUGAAUGUAUGACUGUUACUGAUUAAGACAAAAUCACAUUACCUGCUGCAGCUUUGUGUGGUUUCACUGUGAGAAUAAACAGUUAGAUUUUGA